UCGAAUUAGGUAAACAUUGAGGUCCAACAUUACAUAAACUAUUAGAUGAUUUUAUAAAAGUUAAUUAUUUUUUAUAGCCAAAUAGCCCAAAUUGGCACAAGCAUUGAUUAGCAUGAUAUUAUAAUUUACUUUACCCGCCACUGGAGUUCUAUAAAUAGCAAUUAACUCAAACUUAUUUGUGUAAUUACUCACAAAUAAUCAACUACAUUUUUUAUUCCCGUCAAAAAAAAAAAAAAAAAAAAAAAACUACAUUUUUUAUUAGAUAAUUCUAGAAAGACACAGAUAGGAUUAAAAUGGCAGGUCAAUUUAGUUAUUGGGUGCCUUUAAAAGCCCUUAUUCAUGGUAUUUUAGCAAUUGCUCUCAGCUUUGCUGCUUAUUCCAAAAGGAUUACGAGUGAGGAGGUUACGGACUUUAACGGAGUUUGCGAGUAUCCAAGCAGUUCAGCGUGGUAUCUAGCUUUGAUAGCUGCAAUAGCUCUUCUGGCUGAACAAAUUACUUUAAGUGUUGGCAUGGGAUGCUUUUGCUGUCGUGGAGCACGUUGUUCAUCAAAUUGCACUGCUAUUAUCUCAAUAUUUUUCUUCAUUUUUUCCUGGUUAGCAUUUUCUAUAGUAUUCAUAGGACUAAUGUACACAGCAGCCGUCAACAACCACAAAUUUCUUGUAAAACAUCAUUCUUUACGCGCUAAUGGUGGAAGUUGCUUCAUUGGUAUGAAGCAAAUGAACCUAGGUGCUGCAUCUUGGUGCCUCAUUAAAACUGUUUUUGGUCUAAUCUCUUAUGCUUUUUGGGCAUGUGGUAAAGACCGCGAUAAUAACAAGAAUUGUUAAGCUGAUAUAGUAAUUCUGCUAAUUAAUUAAGGACUAUGUAAGGUGUUACUAUGUAUAGUAUAACAAUGUUGAUGAGAUGAUGUACGUAAUUGUUGUAUGGUAAAAUUGUAUGCAAAUCAUCGUUUUAGAAUUUUAAUCUAAAUUGUCGUUGGAAGU